CACUCACCUCCCGUUCCUCUCUCUUUUGGUAUUACAAAAAGUUCGAACUUUUCUUUGUUGAGUCAAUGUUUAGAAGCUCUAAUCCUAUCCGAAGAAUGGUGAUGACAGCAAGAGUUUCAUCAGCAUGGAUUACAAUGUUUCCAUUCGGAAUUUUGAUUAUUACAGGAAGUUUGGUCGUGCUUGGAGCAUUCUGGAAUUCGUGUAUCUGGCGUGGGUUUGCCGGUGCAGCCGAGGAUUUUGGUUAUGUGAAUAGAACACCGUUGAAAGGUGACGGUUUACCGCCCGUUUUUGCAUAUUUGAUUUCUGGCUCCAAUGGAGAUAAGGAAAGGAUUCUUAGAUUGCUUAAAACUAUAUAUCAUCCGCGAAACAGAUAUCUUUUAUACCUGGAUGCGGGUUCGUCGAAUUACGAGAGGGAAUACCUGGCCUCUUUGGUUCAAUCUGAAAGAACUUUCAGAGCAUUCCAAAAUGUCGAUGUUAUCGGUAGAAGUUACGCCGUCAAUAAAAUGGGAUCCUCGGCUGUAGCUCCAGUUCUUCAUGCAGCUGCAAUAUUUUUGAAGGCUAAUAAUGAUUGGGACUGGUUUAUCGCAUUAAGUGCUUCCGAUUAUCCUAUUAUGACUCCAGAUGAUCUUCUCCAUGCUUUCACUUUCAUUCCCAAAGACCUGAACUUCAUACAUUACAGCAAUAACACAAACUGGAAGCACCGACGGCAAGUUAAUCAAAUUGUAACCGAUCCGAACCUCAUUUUUCAAGAGAACACUCCAAUUGCAGACAGUUCAGAUACUCGAGCAACCCCGGACGCUUUCAAGAUCUUCGAGGGCUCUCCAUGGAUGAUUCUUACAAGAGAUUUCAUGGAGUAUUGUGUGCAUGGAUGGGAUAAUCUACCCAGAACACUGCUUAUGUAUUUCGCUAAUUCAGCUUCCCCUAUUGAAUCCUACUUUCACACAGUACUCUGCAACUCUGAUGAGUUUCAAAACACUACUGUAAACAUUAAUCUGAGGUAUACUAUGAUGAACCCUGAACGGCAAGAACCAGAUGAACUCAAUGUAUCACAUUUUAAGACGAUCUCAGAAAGUGGGCUGGCCUUCGCAGGGAGCUUCACGGAAGUAAAUCCUGUGCUCCAGAAACUCGACAAAUAUAUAUUGAAUCGCCCAUCAAAUAAAUUAGUACCCGGGAAAUGGUGUUCCAAUACAGUGGAAAAUCAAAGUGUAGGAAGUUCAAAUACAAAAUUUUAUAACUGCUCAAGUUGGGGUAGCAUUAAUAUUGUGCAGCCAGGUGAUCGUGGGAUCAAACUGAGAGAAUUUUUGUCGAAGCUUGUUGCAGCAGAGGGUCUGAGAUCCGAUCAAUGCAGCUAGAAGAUGUCGUUUUGAUUUUAGAUGGGUCGUAGAGUUUAGCGAGUGAGAGAUUUGAAAAGACUACCCUCUGCAGGCAUUGCCUAGGGACCGACCACUUGAAAGAAUGCAAAUUCGAACAAGAUGAAAAGCUUGUAAAAUCCCAGACUUAAGUAAUAUGCAGAGAGAUAUUAUGAAUGCAGACAGGAGUUUAGUCUAGGAGAAGACUAUAAAACUAAAGAAAAUAAAGCUCUACCGGAAUGGAGCAGAAGAGGAUCCACACUUACUCCUAAAGAUCCUAUUUCACACGCAAUAAGGAGACCAAAGCAUGGAAAGAUUAUGCAUUUGCAUAUUGUUUGGAAUAUGGUAAUUGGUUGUGAUUCUUUUCACUGACUUAGACGUAAGGAUAGAUUAUUGGGAGUUUUUAGUGUAGAUACUUUUCUUCCUUUAUUUAAGAUGUUUAUGCUUCGGUGAUAAGACAUCAUUAUGAUGAAGGGAUCUUCAGUUAACAUUCACUAUCCUCUGUGCAUAUCAUCUUACAUAUUUCUGAACACAUCAUUGCAAUAACUAAACUAUUUGUAUUCAAAACAGAGACACAGAUCUUAAAUUUUCAGUUCUCGAAUCAA